AUGGGCAGCAUCCGGUGGAUGCUGCUGGCCGUGAUCAUCUGGCCGACUGCGCUGAGUGCCAAAGAUGGAGAAACGGACAUCGUUCUCAAUUUCCGAGAAGGCAGGAAGCUCUUCGGGGGGUGGCACUCCAUGCCCGCUGGUGCGUUGCCGCUUCGGCACCCGCCAAGCUGUUGGCCCAACUGCUCGGGAAGCCUUCCGGGCCUGCACCCCUCUUUCGAUCGUCAGCAGCGCUUGUGGGAGCGAGGGAUGAUGCGUUUCGUUGGUCGUCGACAGAGCUCGGGCCUGGACUUUCGCGACCUGCGCGGUCCUUUCGGCACCUAUGCCCUGGACGUCGAGUUUGCUAGUUUGGAGGAAAGAGAGAGGCAGGAGGAAGACAUGUUGGGCAUCGAGGGUGCGACCACGGUUGACGUUGGCGCCAACCUUGGUUUUCGAUCCAUCUAUUUGGCGGCAAGAAUGCAGCGCCCAGUGCUGGCAAUUGAAGCGAACCCCCUGAUCUACCGGCUGCUGCUUUGGAACAUCCGCGCCAAUAAUGUGACGGAUCGUGUUUGGCCGGUCAAUGCAGCUUUGUCCGGCGACGGGUCUGGUCGCUGCGACCCUUCAGCGGGGCUGGUGGCGGACUGUGUUACUUUGCGGGUCGAUGCAGACAUGGCCAAAAGCCACCGCUCUGGUUUCGCUGGGGGCAGCUGUGGAAAGGGCGUGGCAUGCUUCCGGGUGCCGGCUUGGUCCCUGGGGAAGCUCCUGGAGGCCCUGGGGAUCCAAGAGGUGGAUCAUCUGAAGCUGAAUUGCGAAGGUUGCGAGUACCGCGUCUUUAGUGACCCGGCAGUGCAGCACCUGACGUCCAGUGGCCGCUUGCGCAUCAGCGGUGAGAUUCACCACCCGGACAGAUUUCCGGGAAUCUCCAGCGAGAUGGCAGCAGCUACCAUGGACGUCAUGUGCAAGGAGAGGCUCGUUGGCAGCCGUGAGGGUGUGUGCGACGUGGAGAAAAGGAUCAGUUCUUUUGCGCGGAAUCACCACCAAGUUGCCCCACAGUUCUAUGGGGACUGCGCGCAGGCGGAUUUCCAGGCCUUCAAAACCCGAGCGGCCGCAUGGUACGACAAGCGGCUCGCGAGUCUUCAGCUCUUCCAUGACAUGACGCUCCUCAUCAACAACUUUGAGACUGCAUACAUGAACUGUCCUGCCGCGGCCGUACUUGCAGUUCUGCUCAAACUGGAAUCUGCCUACUUCGAAGAAGCGGAGAAGUGGGACGCACUGCUGGAGAUUUACAUCAGCACGUUGAACCGGGCUUUGGCGGAAGGCAUCUGGAAGCAGAUCUGUGAAACAGACGGUCGAGAGCAAAUGAUUGUACUCGUCUCUCUAUACCUGCAGCAUUUUGCUCACAAGCUUUCCGGGCUGUUUCGCGCGAAAAACCAGCACUUGGAAGCGCUCCGAGCUCUUGAGGCCAUGUCCCGCUCCUUCGUGGUCCUUGCAGUGGCAUUGGCUACCAGCUUUCUCCUGCCUUUGAACUUCGUCUUGCCGGUGGUACCUCGCUUCGCGCCGUCGCUGUCCCACGUGGCUUUGCAAGAGAAGGCGAACGAAAAACAAGGACCCCAGGAACUCGUCGCCCCUGUGCCUGCGACAUUGAUUGCUAUGCUGGCCGGGCUCAUGAUUGGACUCUUUGCCAUGCCGAAGGACGUAGAUGCAGUUCCACACCCCCGUCCGGACUUCCAGUUGGAGCGGCCGGGCUACAUGCAGGGCAUUGAUGCUGCGAACGCUGCCUGGAGGCCCGGUGAGAUCGACUUUGUCACACGAUCCCGUUUGGAAGCGGCACAGUUCCCAAAGGCCCUCAAGGAGCUCGAACAUGAGCAGGAGAUCUUGGCCAAGGCUCCCACCAAGGCGGAGCGUCUGGCAAAGGCCUCUCGGCUGCAGUACUAG